UUAGCUGCAUAAACAAGACAGCUUAACUUUUUAUUAAAAUUUAAAUUAAACAGCAAAAUAUUACAUUUAGCAUUAUUUCAUCUUUUUUUUUUCUUAGAUCAUCACAAAUACAGCUGCCUGAUAUUUAUUGUAAAUGCACUUCAGCGUCUCUGUUCAUGACGUACUGAUGAUAUUGGUUAGACAAAUACCACAUCAUGCUUUCACUCUCUUCUGUUAGGAAUUGUCAACAAUAAACAAUCAUCAUGAUGAGCAGUAACUCAGAUGUAUAGGUCAUUUACUCAUCGGUGUUAAUUCCAGUUUCAUUUAAGCAUUUAGCUAUAUAAGGAAAGAAAGGAAAUUACACAAACUUAACUUUGUACUUUCAAUUUACUAUUAGGUGUCAAUGUUAAGAAGGGAAGUCCCUGCAUCACUCUGGGUAUAAAGCAUCCAAGGAUGUCUGAGCUCAGUCAGUCUCACCAGGAAAUCUGAAUCGCCAGCCUCCUCCAAGAUGCUGCUUGUCAAGCUCUAUUUUACUCCAACGCUGCUGCUGCUGCUGCUGGCGCUCAGCUCUGCUCGGUCUGUGCCGGUGACGAGCCGAGGCCCCGGGGCCGGCUGUGUCUUUCACGCACGGAGUCUUCUAGGGAACAUCACAGCGGCGCUCACACAGAGCGACUUGUUCAAUGGCAUCAACUGCACAACGCAGAGUGUGGAGCUGUACAUGGAGACGAACACAACGGCCGUGUGUGCACCACGGGGAUCAAUGUGCACUGGAUUCACUGUAUCAGAAUUCAGUGAGGAGUCGUGUAUGACAAGCAUCGGGAAGGAUUUGCUUCAUUACUACAACAUUUUGAGCGAUCAGCCGGACCCUGACAGCAAACUUGGGGAAACGGUUCUGUUCAGCCUCAGAGAACUUAUGCAGAACUGCUUUGGAUGGACUCGACCCACAGACUUGACAUCGAAGCAGGCUGCUGCCACCCGUGACUUUGAUGGAAGACUCACGCUCUGCAAAGUGCUGAGAGGCUUCCAGGUUCGCAGCGUCACAAUAAACAGAGCCCUUGGAUACAUAAACUCUGGCGAGCACACUCAAUGACUUCUCACUGAGCUCUAACUCAGUCAUAGCAUCUGUUAGUUAUACUAACAAACUGCAUCAACUGCAGUCAUAAUUUAUGUUAAAUCAAAUAGUAUAGUUACAGAAAACAGUUCAGUCUACUUUAAAUAUUUUAAGGGUAGUAUUUGUUAUUAUGAACAAUUGAUGCAAUUUUAACAACCAGAUUAACAUACUUUUAAAAAUGUGUAAUUACCUCCUUUGUUUUAUUUAUUUGUAAACUAUAUUUAUUUGAACCUGAAAUAUUUAUUUUCAGAUAUUUAUUUUGACGUCAUUCGCCUGUUUCUGCAUGAAAUAAAAAUGUUACUA